AUGUCGAGCCAGCCAAACCGCAACGGCGAAGGAAGCAGCACCGGUGCCAGCGCAGAGCGGACAUUAGACGAUACAAUGAGGGCGCCCACAAGUACGACGCCAGAUGUCGUUGUUCUCGAGCACGCGCACAAUGAAAAGAAGGCAAAAGAUGCACCGAACUUGCGCGAGGACUUCUGGCUGUCGUCUUCGGAUGGACGCUACAACUCACCCAUCAUUCCGCUUCGGGUCGGCCAGGCACCCGGCAUGGAGAUAUUUCAUGUCCAUAAGGAUGUCUUGCUCACGAGCGAGUAUUUCAGGAAGGCAUUGUGUGGAAACUUCCGAGAAGCUGACGCACAGUCGAUGGAUCUUCCUGAAGAAGACCCUGCCAUCUUUCAUUUCGUCGUCGCGUUCCUGUAUCAGCAAACCUUCGUGCCCAUCCGGGCUGUCGCUUCGGUGCUGCGACCAGAGACAGGAGGGGACCUGCUGCUCAAGAUGGUCUUUGCGCGAAUCGGUUUCUUGCAGCCGCUCCUCUGGCAGAGGGCGCCGCAGGAAACGAGCGAGUUCCUCAUCGGCCAUCCGGACGUCGCUGCGCUGGUGCUCCGGGAAGCGGCCCUGCGGAGGGAAGAAGACAUCGGGGGCCAGAACCUGCCGAGCAUGGAGGUUGCGCCGCCACCGGGGCCGCCCCCUCCGCCGUUCGGAGGACCAACAGUUGUGUAUCCCUAUGCCAGAGUCCAUCCUGGACCGGCGAUAUGGGACUAG